AUGGAAUUUCACUUUCAAAAUUCAACAACAAGUGAAGAUGAAGUUUUGGCUUCACAACAAUUGUUCGAAAUUUUAAGGACAUUUAAAGAUAGUCAUUUUAAUGAACUACACACUUAUGAAUCUCUCGAUUUCCAUGAUGAAUAUGAUGAAAUGACAGACGAAGGAGACAGUGCUGAUGAAGAAGAAUCAAUUGACGAAUAA